CCAGCGAGCACCCGUCGACCGUCGCCUGCCCGCACGCGCGGCCAUUUUGAUUGUUGUGCUCGUCGUGAUAUGUGUGUGUUCACAGCGUUACGCUAAACCGUCCGGUGUUUAUUUGUUAGGUUUUGUUUAUUUCUUUCGUUGUUCCACUCGCUCGACGUGUCGCAUCCCACAGUCGUCACCACCGACCGACCGUGCACGUGGCGCGCCUAGGGGUCACCGCCAUCGUCUUCGUCGUUUGUCCGAGAACCUGUAUCCAUGUUUCAGUCGGACCCUUCCGCCGCAGCUUGACGACGACCACCAUUGCCGUCAGCAACGAGCGUUGUCCUUUCUUGUCGCGAUAGGCCAUCGACUCUCGAUCAGCAGCUAGCCAAGUUUGUGUCGUGAAAAACAGUCAUCAAUCGCGUGUAGCUCUGUCUUCCGUAAACUUUGUUUUAAGUAUUGAAGUCAUGUAUUUAACGACAAAAAGUGUGUUCCCGUUAAAUAUUUCGGCACCUCGAUAUGCUCGCUGCGAUGGAAGGUGUUGUGUACAUAACGUGCACAAAUGGAAUCAGAAAAUUCUUCUAAUUCUGAUGACUCUCAAUCAAAUGCUUCAAGCCAAUCUGCGUCGCCUGACAAUGUUAACAGAGAUCAAUCUGUUAGCGGUUCGCCUUCGGCAUCCAGCCAUAAUUCUGCUCCCCAAAGUCCUGACAAUAAUACAUCUGGAUCUCAAAGUAUAGAUAAUGGUGUGCAAGAACAUGAAGAUCCUCAAUCACCUGAUAGUUUGUCAUCAAAAUCUAAAAGUAUUGCUGACGAAUCUUGUAGUCCUGAACAUCAAAGUGAUGAGCUGCAAAGUCCAAGUUCAGGAUCAAGUUCAUCAAGCCGUGCCUCUUCAACAGCAGGAUCUCCAGACAGAAAUAGUCACUCAAGAGCAUCAUCAAGAAGUAAUGAAUCUGAUAAAGAGCCAAAAGAACCCAGAGAUAAUUAUUUAUCGGAUGUAUCUGAUGAAGACUCAAUGGACAAUAUAAAUGAUGAUAAUGCUUCCCAAAAAAGUGCUAAGGAGUGGAAAAGCGACCAUGAUACUAAUGAUUCUCCAGCAAAAGAUACUAUUCUUCCAGUUAAUGGUCAUAACAACUUAGAUGCUAAAACGGAACCUAAUGUUGUUAAUGAUCCUGAAGAACCAUUGGAUUUUGAAGCUGAAGAUGGUGAAGAUGGAGAAUGUGAUGAACCAAAACCAGUCAAAGAAGUUCCUGAAGUUGAAGAAGUAAAAGAACCAGAGGAACUAGAAGAAGGUGAAGUUUCUGAUGAAGGGGAACAUCGCCCAGAAGAAACAGAACCUAGGCCAAUAUGUCGAUUUUAUUCAAGAGGUCAAUGUACUUGGGGUGCAAGUUGUCGAUUUUUGCACCCGGGCGUUGCUGACAAAGGCAAUUAUUCAAUGUUUGAAAUGGUACGUCCAGUACCUCCACCUGGCAAUCUACCAUUUUAUCCACCAGAUUCUUUCCGAGGACAUGAAAGAACUUUGAUACCUGGAGUUCCAGUUGCUCCUAUUAAAAAAGAUGUACCUCCUGUGGAAUCUGCUUGGGAAAGAGGAUUGCGUCAAGCUAAAGAGAUACUUAAAAAAUCUAAUAAGAAAAAAGAAACAGAUAUAGACUUUGAAGAGAAAAAAAUGAAUUUAACAUCAAAUCAAGAAGAAGUUGAAAAAGAGAAUGAUUACUAUUCGCAACGUCCAACUAGUCCAACUGCUUCACCUACUAUAAGCCCGCCUAUUGAAAGAUUUAAAACUGAUUUAGAAGCCCGACAUCUUCGGGCUCCACUUCCAGAUUCUUAUGUGGAUGAUUUUAUACCACCACCUGUAGACUUUUAUCACCACCGACCAGAGUUUUGGCCUCCUCAUCAUGGUCGUCCACUUCCUCAUUUUCCUCCUGGACAUCCAAUAGACUUUCAUCCAGCCCCUAGAAGGAAUCCAUAUUAUCCAUAUCCACCACCAGACCCAUAUUAUCAUCCUGGGUUGAAACCUCAUCAUAGAGGAUUACCUCCUAAAUAUCCACCUAAUAGAGAAGUAAUAGUGCAGCGUUCUGAGAAAUCAUACAGUCCCCAACCUUCAGGACAUCGAACUCGAAGAGAUAGAUCAUCAAGCAGGCCCCGUAGAGGAGAUGAUUGGUCUGAUCCAUGGAUGAGAUCAAAAUCCCCUGGAGGUCGGUCUAAACUUAGAGGAAGAAAGAAAUCUUAUUCAUCUCAUUCUUCAUUUUCAUCAUCUAGAUCCAGCAGUAGUUCAAGUGCAACAACAUUUAGCUCACGUAGUCGAUCUAGAGGUAGAUCUAAUUCAAUGAGUAAAAAUAGAAAGAAGGUACCUACAUCAUUUAAAACAUCUCCUGGUCGUAAACCAAAUAGAAAACCAGAGAGAAAUCCAUCACCAGAUGCAUUUGAAAAAAAAUCGAUGAGCCGAGCAAUGAAUCCUCCAGUGCCAACUAAUAGAUGGUCUGUUUCGCCAACAAAUGCAACACCUUCUAUUCCACCUUUACAAAGAGCAAGACAAAUGCCAAUGCCACCCAGAUUUGCUGUAAAUAAAACAAGUGGAGCAAAAUCUCCUACUACUACUCACACCUCUUCAUCUUCAUCAAGCAGUGAAUCUGCGUCUGGUUCUGGCUCUUCUGAAUCAUCUGAUUCAAGUGGUACUGAAUCUUCAUCUGAAGAAGGUGGAAGUCCAAAACAUAAAAAACAAGGGUUACUAUCUCCUGAUAAAUUAGUUAAAAAAGGGACUUUUAAAAAAUCCCAAAUUAAACUUAAUCUUAAGAAAAAAAUGGCAGCUCCUCUUAUUGUUCCUGUCAAAAAAGAAAAAUUUGCUGUUCAGGGAAAGAAGAGAUCGUUAGAAUCUGAUAAUGAUGAGACCAAAGGUUCCUCUCCUCCCAGAAAGAAAGGAGGAGUAGCUCCAUCUAGACGAGAAGAGUUAUUGAAACAAUUGAAGGCUGUGGAAGAUGCCAUUGCCCGCAAAAAGUCCAAAGUUACAUUGUAAAUAGUUUAUUUUAAUGAAUAUAAGUAUAAUUGUUGACUUAUUGAUUGAUUAAAUGUCUAUAUGUACAUACAUUUAAGUUCAUUAAUAUUUUAAAAUAAAUGGUUUUUACCUUAUAAAUGAUACAUGUCACAUUAUCAGUUUUUGUAUAUUUAUACAUGUUUUAGUCAAAAUUGAUAAUAUAAUUGAAAAAAAAAUGGU